UCUGCUCUCCUUAAACGUCACUUUUACGACCAUUACUUCUAUACAUAUCAUAUUAUAACUCAAAAUCAGCAUUGUACCAUCUACAUGUCAACCAAUUAGAAACGGUUAACUGUUGUUUUAAACAUUUAUCCCCCAUCGCCCCAUACAAAUAAUCAUUGUAAAUCGAAACCGGACCGAAAAAUUUCGCGGACAAAUUUAAGUUCUCCAGAUUUGAUGGGUUGGGGAUCCUGUCAAUAUUUGAAAAAAAUAUAUACCAAAUAGUUGUCAAAUAUCAACUAGUUCUGAUAAAUAUCAGCAAAUCAUAAAACACCAAAAUGUCAUUGAAGUAUAUCGAUAACGCUAGAAAGAUCUUAUGUAUAGGUCGUAACUAUGCCGCUCAUAUUAAGGAAUUAAACAAUGCUAAACCUCAACAACCAUUCUUCUUUUUAAAACCAUCUUCAUCCAUUUUAAAACCUAAUGAUGGACCAUUUUUAGUUCCAAAAGGUGUAGUUGUUCAUUAUGAAGUUGAAUUGGCUUUCACUUUAAAUAAAACUUUAAAAGAUUUAUCUCCCGAUUUCAGUGCUGAAGAAGCUUUAGAUGCUAUUGAAGGUUAUGCUUUAUCAAUCGAUAUGACCGCUAGAAAUGUUCAAGAUGAAGCUAAAAAGAAAGGUUUACCUUGGUCAAUUGGUAAAGGGUUUGAUACCUUUUUACCAUUAUCAGGAUUCAUUCCUAAAGAAAAGAUUCCUAAUCCUUAUAAUGUUGAAUUGAUCCUUAAAGUUAAUGGUGAAACUAGACAACAAGAUAAAACUGAUUUAAUGAUUUUCCCAAUUCAUAAAAUCAUUAGUCAUAUGUCUGCUAUCAUGACUUUAGAAAAGGGUGAUUUGAUCUUAACUGGUACUCCAAAGGGUGUUGGUCAAAUUAAACCUGGUGAUAAAGUCGAAGCUUACUUGAAAUAUAAUGAUGAAGUUCUUGAAGAAAUCAAAUUCGAUGCUGAACAAAAACCAGGUCCAUAUGACUAUAAAGAAAUUUAAUAAAUUGACUUUUUAUUUAUUUACUUAUUUA